UUUUUCUGUAACUUUUGUACGUUUAUUUAGGAUCGUUCUUAUACUUUGUAUGGAGAGAAGUGGCCAACAGCUGUCAGACUGAGGCUGCCGUUGGGCGAAUGGGCUGCGCUUUCAUCAGCAGUCUCCAGUCUCAGCAUUGGCUCAAUUCAGACUCCGAAAAACACACAAACAUGUCCGUCUGGUGAUCCGAGACGGCGCUCCGUUAUGCGCGGUGUAGGAUGAUAUGGGCUCGGCGGAGGAUGUGACAGCUGUCCGCGAGCAUCAUGACCAUUUUAACGGCGUCCGGGCUCUUUCUGGCCUUCUGCUCCAUCGGACUCUUGACCAUGGCCAUCAGCACAGACUACUGGUACGAGACGGACGCACGGAAGCACCGAGACCGGUGCAAAAAAUACGCCAGUAAAAGAAACGACCCGGGAUACAUUUACAUCUCCAAUCAAAACCUUCCUCUCCGGAGCGGACCGGAGCCCGGAGCUGCUCUGCGGGAAUCCCCGCACUCCGCGCUCGUCCUGGAGUCGCGCUGCAGCCGCCACUAUAAUUCAACCACAACCGGCCUGUGGAGGAAAUGCCAUCGAGAAGGUUUCGAUCUGGAAAAUGAGGAUCUGAUUUUUAAAGGUUUGCUUCAGCGCUGCACACUGGUGAAGUAUUACUAUUCCUCAGCCAGUAUCCCACGAAAUUUGCCUGUGAACAUCACCAAGACUAUACGACAAGACGAGUGGCAUUCUCUGCACUUGAAGCGGAUGACAGCAGGUUUUAUAGGCAUGGCGGUCGCCAUCAUUCUUUUUGGCUGGAUCAUUGGUGUGCUGGGCUGCUGGAAACACAAUGAGCUGAUGGAGUAUGUAGCUGGGCUGCUCUUCCUGAUGGGAGGAACCUGCUGCAUCAUUUCUCUGUGCACAUGUGUGGCCGGGAUUAAUUUCGAGCUCUCGCGGUACCCACGCUACCUGUACGGCCUUCCAGAGGACAUCAGUCAUGGGUACGGCUGGUCCAUGUUUAGUGCGUGGGGGGGUCUGGGUCUGACCCUGCUGGCUGGAUUUCUGUGCACGCUAGCGCCCUCUCUGCACAGUCCACAGAUUACAACCACCAUACCCAAACCACGACAGGAGAAUGGCAUGGUGUGACACAUACCACUAAUAUGCAUAGAGAUGUUAACACAAAAACUGUCAUACAAGUGUCUUUACCGUGGCAGACUGGGCACACUGCAAGAUAAAAAAACAAGAUUUACUAAAUGGACUACAAGAGUUAUAAGUAUACUACAUACAGCAAAGCAAUCUAGAGUCUUGUUUCCAGUAAAAGAUAUCUAUAAACAUCUCAAAUUUAAGAAGAAAUAUUUUAAGAGAAUAAUUCUUAAAUAUUCUUAAAACACAAAAUGUCUUAUUUCAAAAUCUACUAGACAUCUUCUGGGGUACACAUAGCUGAUAUUUUUAUUGGAAAAUUGAUUACGGUGCAAUCGUUCUGUCAUUAUGUUUGUAUAUUUUUCUGUCUUACUGUCUCCAGCUUUUGCUCUCUGUCUCUCUUUCCUUCCCUUUCUGUGUCUAAAAGGAUUUAAAGUGCAAAUGUCUCUAAAAAAAUGUCUCAUUCAAUAAACUGUUCUGUGUUUUGGAUUUGCCUGCUGUAUACAAAAAAAACAUAGCACAACUAAAUACUGUACUUGUCUUUAGUGUCUUCCUGGAUGUAUUUUUUGUUUGUUUUUAUAAUAAAACUGACAUUUUCAACAGCACAAGUAAAGUAGAAGUUGGAGCCAAUAUGUAAAAUUAUGUUAUUUUUUAAUAAAAUACUACUUAUUUA